AUGGCCACGAAGAAGCGCAAUACAAACAAGCGACAUUAUGUACGGGGCAUUCCAGGGCGAGCAUCUGCAGAACGAGAGCGUCAUCUUAUUCGGCACAAGAAAAGUGAAAUUCGUAUUGUCAUUCACCGUCUGCGUGCAUUGAAACGCAUCGACCAUGUCGCAACUGUCGACGAACUCGACAAGUGUUUUCACGAAGUCCGUCGACUUGCUAUUGCACCAAAAGGGCUGGUUUCGGAAGCGUUCCGGAAAGAACUUUGGCCGUUCCUGCUGGGCGUGAAAGAAGCUACGUCAUUGGAGCGAAACGGUCCACUUAACAUCAAAAAUAAUACCAAAAAAGCGCAUUUGGAUGCCACGCAGGUGGAAAAGGACGUCGAGCGAUCUCUGUGGCACUAUGACGUUUUGCAACGAAUCAAGGAGAGCGAGCGUCGAGAUAAACGUCGUGCAUUAACACAGGUUAUAUUGAGCGUAUUGGACGCGAACGACGAGUUGUAUUACUUUCAAGGCUACCACGAUAUCGUAUCGGUGUUUCUACUAACGCUUGGCAAUUCGAAACUUACGUUGCAAGCUGUCCAGAAUGUGAGUGAAACGUAUCAGCGUGAGCCAAUGCGGCCGGGACUUGAGCAAGUAAUGGCGGCCACGCGUUUAUUGUUCCCAUUGGUGGAUGCGGCGGACGAGCUGCUUUUCCAGCAUCUGCGUGAGUCGAAGGUGGAGCCUUUCUUUGCGUUGCCAUGGAUGAUCACAUGGUUUGCGCAUCAGCUUAAGCGCUUCGAAGAUGUUGCUCGACUGUAUGACGUAUUUCUCGUGACUCACCCGCUUUUUAGUCUCUACGUGUCUGCAUCGGUUCUGCUCGAGUCGAGAGAGAAAAUACUGCGAUGCGAAUGCGACUUUGGCACGAUGCAUGGAAUGCUUUCGAAUUUGCCGCUUUCGAUGGACAUUGAGAAGGUGAUCGAACGUGCUCUUGUAUUGUUUCACCAACUGCCACCGGCACGACUCCGUCAGCAAAGCAAAGUUGAAUUUGCCUCUGACUCACACAUGUACUACUUCACGUAUCCUUUUGAGUACCAGCCUUGGCCCAGUGUGACCACGCCUGUGCUUACGGAAGUUCCGCCGUUACCUCCUCGUCGAUCGAGAGACAAAGCAGGCAGCAUGCUGGGCCCCUGGCAGACUUCUAUCGUUAUCACGACUGUAGCUGUUGGCGUCAUGGCAAUAGCGUCCGCGUACGUUUUUCGAGAUCGGAUCGGAAUAAGGAUGUAA